GAAAAAAAGACGGGCAGGAGGGGGACGGGAAAAAGAAGGAACCAGCGACUUCGGCAGCCACCCCCGGCGCCGGCGGGACGACGGCGGCUCCAACGCACCAUCGUUUCUGAUCUCCACGGUCUCUGCACCUCUACAAGAGAGUUUGUCAUCAUGCACAGCCCCAGUAAGCGGUUGAUUACCUCUGUGUCCAAACGCCUUGCCGUGUCCAAUCUCCAAGGCUGGGCAGACCUCCCAGAUGACCUGCUGCACUCAAUUGUUGCUCUCUUGGGCUCCUCCAUUGACCUUCUUGCCUUUGCUGCCACCUGCCGCCCUUGGCGUGCCGCUUUCUUCUCACACCCAUCCAAAUCUACCUUGUGCUUCUCAUGCCCCCCUGUCCUCAUCCGAAAAAACCCCAUCCAACCUCCUAGCAAUGGUCAUGCCAAGCCACAAAGAUUUAACUUAGUUGAUCCAUCCAACACAGGCACCAACUAUCGCUGCCAGAUACGUGAAGGAAUUCUGCAGAAAUUUUAUUUUGCUGGUUCUUCCUAUGGUCAGCUCAUCUUCUUCCGCCACAGACGUUGCCUUGUUGUUGAUGCAUUUAGUGGUGCAGAAGUUUCACCUCCAUGUCUCCCUGAGUUGAACCACAAUGUUUUUGAGCCGUACUAUUGUAGCACUCUGACUGCUCCCCUUGCAUCACCCAGCUCACGCCUCCUUGUCAGUACAAAAUCCUCCCUAUUUGACUGGCCAGUUGGAAGUGACUCUUGGUCUGAACUCAAGCUUUCCAAUGUGCAAGUACGGCAGAUUGUGGAAUUAAAUGGUCAGUUCAUUGCCAUGGAUGAUCAUAUGAAGAUCUACACUUUGCAGUUGGCGCCCCAGCUUGGCCUGCAAGACCUACCAAUAGAGUGGUGUGGCGGCAAGAUCCCAAGCAUGGAUUCGAAACCAUUUCUAGUGGUCUGCCGCGACAUGCUUCUGAUGGUCUGCUAUUCUCUGGUAUCCCUACUCCGGGGAUCAAGCUUCUGUACACUCCACCGCCUUGAAAUGUCUACCAAUCCUGCAAAAUGGGUAGAGAUGAAGAAGCUGGACAAUUGGGCACUCUUCGUUGCAGCUGACAUUAGGACCCCACCAUUUUCUUGCGUCAACCCAGAACGGUGGGGAGGGAGAACCAACUGCUUGUACUACACUCACCACUCUGAACCUUGGGGUGUACGAUGGUUGGGCAAUGAGCCGGAUCUUACGAAGGAUCCAUCCGCCAGUCGGGACCUUGUGUUCGGAAGAAAUAUGUGGCGUUACCCACAGAGCCUCUGGGUGUACCCCAGCAUGUUUUACUCUGAUGGGAAGUGAUCGUUGUCGUGGGCAACUACAAACCUACUGCUGUACCAGUUUCUUCUGAAGAUUCUCCCCUUCUCAACAGGGGCAAAUACUUUUGCGGCUUGAUACGGGGAUGCUGAUCAGCAUGAGCACUGGAAGUUUUUGCAGUUAUUUUUUUUUCAGUUUCUCUGAACCUGGUACCAGAUAUUUAUGGCGGUACUUCUGCAAUUACUUUCAUCAUCCAGUUUUUAGCCA